AUGCUGUGGGUGGACAAGUACCGUCCUCACACGCUGGACCAGAUGACCACGGUCAACACGGACAUCGCGCAACACCUUAAAAGGCUGGUGCAGGACGGCGACUGCCCCCACCUCCUCUUCUACGGCGUGGGCGGCGCGGGCAAGAAGACCCUCGCGCUCGCCGUGCUCAGGGAGAUCUUCGGCGCCGCGGUGGAGAAGGUCAAGGUUGAGGGGAAGACGUGGAAACUCGAGCAGGGGGAGCGCAAGAUCGAGGUCGAGCUCACCACCAUGAGCAGCAACUACCACGUCGAGAUGAACCCGAGCGACGUGGGCACGAAGGACAGGUACGUGGUGCAGGAGGUCAUCAAGGACAUGGCCAAGUCGCGGCCCAUCGACGCCGCCGGCCAGCAGGGAUACAAGGUGCUCCUGCUCAACGAGGUCGACAGGCUCUCGAAGGAGGCGCAGCACGGUUUGAGGCGCACCAUGGAGAAGUACUCCAGCGCGUGCCGACUCAUCCUCAUCUGCACGAGCGUCAGCAAGGUGCUCGACGCCGUGCGCUCGCGUUGCCUCCCCGUGCGAGUCGCCGCGCCCUCCGUCGAGACUGUGGAGAAGCUCGUGAUGGACGUGGCGCAGAAGGAGAAGCUGGUGAUGCCCCCGGAGCUCGCGGCUAGGCUUGCGCUCCACUCCGAGCGCAACAUGCGCCGAUGCCUCCUCUCCAUGGAGGCGUGCAGGGUGCAGCAGUACCCGUUCAAGGCUGACCAGCCGGUGCAGCUCUGCGACUGGGAGGCGUACGUCACGCAAAUCGCCAACGAGAUUCUCCAGGAGCAAACCCCGAAGCGGCUGCUGCAGGUGCGGGGCAGGUUCUACGAGCUCAUCGUGAACUGCAUACCCCCCGAGCUCAUCAUCAAGCGGUUGGUCAGGGAACUCAACCGCAAGCUGGACGUGGAGCUCAAGCACGAGACGGCGCGACACGCGGCGUACUUUGAACACCGCAUGAACGAGGGCAGCAAGGCGAUCAUCCACAUGGAGGCGUUCGUGGCCAACUUCAUGGCGGUGUACAAGAAGUACCUCAUCUCGUCCUUCGGGUAA